AUGACAACCGCCCCCGAACCUGCGGCAACCGCAGGACAGAAGCAGUUGGCUACGGCACUGUAUUCGGAGGUCGACGAAAAGCACGGCGUCGAAUUUGAUCCGUCAGGAUCGCGGCUACCCUCACCACCACCAUCGCAUCUUUUGACACCUCAGGCGGAUGCUCUUGAAGAAGCUACGGUGGCGGCGGCCUCACCGGCUUCGCUAGCCUCUCCUCCCCUGGAGCCCUUGCAGAGAUGGAACGAGUCGAGGACAACAAUUUUACGAUAUUGUUUCACCCUCUAUGCGUUUACGGUCAUGGGCAUGAACGACGGCGCUGUCGGCUUUGGUGUGGCCAUUCUUGGCUCUUUCGGCCGUCUGGCCGGCUAUCUCCCCAUGAUGUUCCACCCUCCAUUCCCUGUUUUACCCGUCAUCAUGAUCUUUCCAGGGCUCGGGAACGGAGUCGAAGACAGCGGCUGGAAUGCGUGGGUCGGUAACAUGGAAAAUGCCAACGAGCUUCUCGGCUUUCUGCACGGCGCCUACGGCCUUGGUGCCACCAUAGCGCCUCUCAUCGCGACCGCCAUGGUAACCAAGGCCAAUCUACCGUGGUACACGUUCUACUACCUCAUGGUAGGUUUGUCAGGUCUUGGAAUUGCCCUUGGCGCUAUGGCAUUUUGGGGUGCAACGGGCCGAAUUCACCGCGAAUCCCACAAAUCAACGACAGGACAGCAACGCACUACAACGAGGCGCGUGUUGCGCGAGCCCAUCACCUGGCUCAUGGCCAUAUUCUUACUUGGUUAUGUCGGCGUAGAGGUCAGCUUGGGAGGUUGGAUCACCACCUUUAUGCUCAACGAUCGCCACGCUGAAAAUUUUGCUGCCGGUCUAUCGGUGACGGGCUUUUGGCUCGGCAUCACUGUUGGGCGGCUGGUCCUUGGUUUCGUCACAGGUCGCAUUGGCGAAAAACUGGCCAUUACCGUAUACCUGCUUUCAUCGAUUGGUUUGCAGCUACUCUACUGGCUCGUGCCGUCGUUCAUUGCGUCGGCCAUCUUUGUCGGCUUCCUUGGGGUUUUCCUUGGACCACUAUUUCCUGCCGCUGUUGUGGCUGCCACCAAACUUUUGCCACACGAUUUCCAUGUUUCGGCAAUUGGUUUCGCUGCUGCAUUUGGAAGCGGCGGUGGCGCUCUCUUCCCAUUCGCAGUCGGUGCCAUCGCACAAAGCAAAGGUGUCGAGGUUCUCCAGCCCAUCGUUGUCGCCAUCCUUGGGUUUAUCCUUAUCACUUGGUGCUUCCUUCCGGGUGGGUACAAGCGAGGUGGACUGGAGAACGCCAAAGAAAAUCACGAGAGCAUCGGAAAUGAUGUCGUCGUGGCCUGCCGGUGGGUAACGAGCAAGCGCACAGCAGUGAAAACCCCACUGUCGCUGCCAACUUCUGUCAAUACGGCCUCGCCAGCUGAGAUGGCAACCAUCAGCUCCUAA